GCGGAACCGGCCCCUUGGAGCCGGCACGUGGAGCGAGCGGGACCCGAGCGGGACGGAGAGCCCGGGAUCCGCCGGCCUCGUUGGGGGAUCAUGGCUGCAAUUUACUCUGGCAUUCACCUGAAGCUAAAAAGUGCGAAGACACCAUGGGUGGACAAACUUAAACUGGCUCGAUUUGCCUGGAUUUCGCACCAGUGCUUUUUGCCGAACAAGGAACAGGUUUUACUCGAUUGGGUGAGUCACGCAUUAACUGGAUAUUACAGCAAGAAGCUUCAGUUCGGAGGUGAAAUUGUGGAAGGACUGUGGUCCUAUCUGAACGACGUUCUUCACAGCAAAAAGAUGCAGAAGCUGAUGGAGAAAGGGAAGAUCAUCACCAUUCGCUUCACAAUUGCGCAGAUCAUAAACGAGAGGAUCUCUGCGUGUUCCAGUGAGGUGCCCCACAAGGUUGACGUGUCAAGUCUGCCCAUGGUAUUGAGCUGCUGUCAGGGAAUCCUCGCCUCUUCUCCUUUCUCCAUCAUCUACACUAGCAAGAGUGAGCUGCUGGUUGACCUACUCCACAAACUCUGUUCGCUGGCCUGCAGGAGGUUGAAAUCGUCGGAGGCCUUGCACUCCACACAGCUCUUUGAUGUUCUCUUGUUGGUGUUCAGUCAGUACCUCGUUACGCAAAGGCAGCAGAGUAACCAAUCCCGGAUAUUUCAACAGGUCUGCAGCUCCCUCCUUCAGCCUUUUCUCCUCCUGCGACAUCUGCUGUCCUCGAGGUGCUGGGUGGAUGAAGAUGAGGUGUCAGUGAGGCAGCACCUUAGCAGGGAGAUCAAUAGUAAAAUCCAGGUGGCACUUCAGACUGGCCUGUUCCAUGUUGACUUGCUGAACUCAUACAGAGAAGAGUUCUUGCAGAGUAAUGACUCUCAAGGAAAAAAGCCGAGCUUCUCCAAGGGUUUGGCGGCACCCACCGAAACAAUACUCCUGAAGCUGGCCGAUGCUGCCUUCUUCAGCUCCGAUCUGCACUCCGCCAUCGUGUCCAGCUCAGUCCCGAUGCUUUACAGGCUCGCCGUCGAGUCCUACUGCAAGGACGAGAAUCAGCUUCUCUGCUUCCACAUCUUUGUCAGGUUCCUCGACUGCCUGCGGUUCCCGAAGGAAAAGAGCGGCGGGGAUGGAGCGUCUGUGGAAUGGAGCCACUGGCUGCUGGCCCUGGAUCAGCUUCUGAACUUGGUCUUCAGCAACAACAUCUACAACGUCUCGGUGGACAAGAUCCGGUGCGAGGGGGUGCAGUUCGCCCGUUACAGCGGGGUGGCAGAGAUGCUGCUGACCUACCCCUGCCCGGGCACGGCUGCCUGGUUCAGGUGUCUGAGGACCCUGAUCCUGCUGAACCACUCCAUCGUGGAGCCGAGCCUGGACGAGCUGGUCUCGCUGGCGUGGGUGGACGCUGAGGUCGGGGACCUCAGGGUGAGAAGAGCCCAGGAAGCCCUGCUGAGCACCCUGCUAGAGACCUACACCAAGCUGAGGCAGCUGCCCAAGCUGUUCAAGGAGCUGCAGUGCAUCAUCUGCCGCCCUGCCGCCGAUGAGUUGAGGCAGCCCAUCCUCUCCAUUGGCCUCACCGGGAAGUUGCGGCAGUGCCUCCUGGAAGUCACCAGCAGUCAGAUCGUGGACAUUUGGGACCUGAUCUUGGAGAGCUUGGAUAUGCAGAUUGACGAUCUGGCGGGGAGCUCUGACGCGGCACUGAAAGUUCUCACCAUGAGCAUCUUGUUGCACGCUAUCCUCUUCAACAUGAAGACCCUCGACGACAAAGCGCCGGUGCCAGUAAUCCGGAACACCCAGGUGCUGAUGGAGAAGAUGGUUCGAGCGGCGGUGGUGCCGCUCCUCCAAGUGGGUGCGGGCGUGGACAUGGGCACUUCCCCGUGGGCUGUGCGUGCCAGGAGCGCCGGGCUGAUCCUCAGCAAUGCCUGGGUGGAGGUGGACCACAUGCUGCGGCUCAACUGCAGCAAGUACGUCUCACCCGCCGGCCAGGCUGGCAGAGCGGGGACAGACUCUUGGAACCACAGCUGCCUCCUACCAUGGGUGGGACUGGCAGAGUGGAAAGCAAUGGCCCAGGCACCGCUGCCAGAAGGCGAGUUGAGCCAGCACUUCCUCCAGCUGCUUUCCCUGCAGAAGAUGAAACGGAUUUUGAUGGAGCCCGGGGAUAAGACAGAGACGGACCUCCCGUUCCUGAGGGCCACUGCUGCCUCUGUCGUCUCCUCUGGCAGAGCCGCCGUCGGUAGUGUCGGUGCCCGAGGGUGGGACGGAGAGCUCAGCACGCUGAAUGGUGAGACCUACGGUGUGGCGCACUGGCACCUGCUCACCACCAACCUACCCCUCCUGGUCCCCUUUCUCCUGCGGGAAGAGGUUACGUACCUAGCUGAGGUGGUGAUCACCUCCCUGUUGCAGAAGGGCACUGGGGAGGUGGGGCAGGACGAAGGAAGUUUGCUCUCCAUUCCCGCCAUGUGCCAGAGCCUGUUUUCCAGCGAGCUUCUCCCUGAAAUCCAGCCUCUGCACCAUGCAAUUUUACUCGGUCUGACCCAGAGGGUGAGAGGUCUGACAGCUGCCCCCAGAGCUGAGUUGCCCACGGGGUUACAGCUGGCGAGAAGUGGCCCGGAUGAGGAGCACAGAGGCUGCAGCAACUGGGGACUGCUGUUCUCUCCUCAAGACUCUUCACUCCUCGAUGCCCAGAGCAUGUUCUCAUCAGUAAAAGUCUCCCCCCUUCUCACUUUGCCAGAGGAGCGGUUGGAUCUACUCUCACAAAUUUUGGACCUGCUGUCUACUCUGCGGCUGGACUGCCUGUCCAACGCUGAUCAUCUCCAGUGCUUUCUUUUGCUGGUGUCCCUGAUCACCACCCUCAAACCCAGCUGUGAAAAGUCUAACAUCUCCAAGUACCUGCAAGUCCUGGAUAAAUGCUACUUCCUCCUCACUGUCCUGCUGACGGGUGCCAAUGAGAAGGCAGUCUUCAGGUUGGCGCAUGCCGGAAACAUUCUGGAGAAGGUCCUAGCUCCAUUGUUUCUGAUCAGCAGCGAGUUGUCCCCUUCUCUGGAAAGCCCAGCCUGGUCAGAACUUCUCCACACUCUCCAAUGCUUUCUCAGCAACUUUAUCCAGAAGAUCGUGGACAGGAAGCAAAGCAUGUGCCUGAACCUGGAGCAGAUCAUCACUUUCCUCUCAAACUCCUGGGAGAAAGCAAUGGCCAAAGAGGAACGCAAGAUCGUGGCUGAGCAGCUGCUCGUGGUUGCCCUGUUGACCUUGAGUUGUGUCGUCCGCACUGCCCUGCAGCAGACUGAAAAGAGCAGGCACAAGAGCAGAGCCCUGCCACCUCUCCUGACCCAGCUCACCGGGCUCUUGGGCUCUGUUCUCCAGUCACAUUUCGACAGAGGUGGAUUAGAUCAGUCUUUCAGUGUGCCUUGUGUCACUGCCCUUCUGGAGGCAGAGCUGUGCCCAAGAGAGGAGCAGAGCGAUGGGACCGGGGAGGAAAGGAUCCCAGACAAGGAGGGCCUGAAGCACAGUGACUUGUACCAAAGCAUCUGUUCCCAGGUUCUGCACCACCUCGCCACCUCCGCUCAUGAUCUGGAACCACUUCAGAAACAACUUGAGUUUUUACAAGUGUUCUGUUCAUCCUCUGAACUGUGCUCCGACCGCAAUGUCAAGACGGGAAUCCCCUCCAUACUCGGCGCUGUAAAGACCAUGCUCGCAGCUCCCUGGAUGACAUCACCGUUCGUUCGGUCGCUGGAUUCUCAGCUCAUUGGGCUGCUCACCUGCAUGUCCGAAAGAUGCACGGACCACCAGUUUUACCUCCUCGUCAAGUCCAUCACACAAGGCAUUGAGGUGGUCAACCUAUGGAAAGGACGGCACCCUGAUGUCGUGUCCUCUCUCAUCCUCACCACUACCCUUUUGAAAUGUUCGUCACGGGAAAACGCAGAAAAGACUCUGUGGUUUGCAGUCCCUCAGAUUAUCACAGCUCUCCUGGCUUUAUGCAAGAAAACAGCCCUCGAUGAACAUUUGGGCUUCAAGAUUACUUUGCUGAGUUUGGAAGCUUUGGCAGUUCUGAUCCAGCAAGGGGAGGGUAUGCUCUCAAAUCCACACCACGUGACACUUGCAUUCGACGCACUCUUGUGCAUUCCACUCGACCAGCUAAAACUGGAUGAAUAUGCAGGAGUUUUUCAAGCUAUCCACGAGGUGCUGUUUUCUAUAAUCCAGUCUCAGCCUAAGGUUUUGUUCAACGCAGCGCCCACCUUCCUCAAGUGUUUUAACCGUCUGGUCCUUUCUGUUGUGCAUAAAGGUCGUCAAAAAGCUGCAGGAGAGAAAGGUAUGACAAUGGAAAGCAAAGUGAUCCUGGAAUGUGCGCGCCUGGUAGAAAGAAUGUACACUCACAUUGCUGCUAAACCAGAGGAGUUUGCAAUGUUUUCUGCUUUCAUGGUGGCAGAGUACAUCAAUGAACUUCAAAAGGUGACCCUCAAUGCAGACGUGAAAAAGCUGUUGGCAGCGGGGGUAUAUCACCUCCUGGAUCUGGUGACGGAAAAUGAUCUCCGUUUUCUGAAUGCUUCAUUGCACUUGGGAGUGAGGGAGGUAUUUAAGGAGUUGUACGGUGAUUACGUGCGUUAUCACAAAAGCAAAAGACAAGGUGAAGAGGAAUAUACGGCUUAACCUGGAUGGAGUAAAUAGCAACCCUCAUGUCCUGUGCCUCUGGAUAUUUUAAUUACCGUGCACAUUUUAGAUUAAGGGAAUCGUACUGGCGAACUAAAAGACGAUGGGGGCAUCAUCCAUUAUCCUUCAUCCCAUAUCGAUCUGUGCACUUCAUAACAAGUGAGAUUGAGCAUUGCUGAUCUCAGCAUUCUCUUCUCCUUGUGGAAGAGGCAAUUUUACCUGCCCCAAUUAAAGUCAUCUUAAUCAGGAAGCUUCUAGCAUCUAGAAAAACAAUUGGGAUUUAAAAUGGGCAUGGCUUUCUCAUCAAUGGAUAAAAUGCACAGAUAUAGUAUGGAACAUGUAUAACAAGAUGCAACACGACCCAUAGGAGGAGUAGGUGAAGACAAUUAUUCCUCUCUUUAAUGGUAACCAACCUUAAACAUUUUGUUUGACUUUUUCCGAAGAUAUAGCUUUGGAUCAAAAAUAUAUCAGUGAUGAAUAUUCCAGGUCUACUUUAGUUUAGCUGCAUACAGGAUGUCAGUGUUAAGUCAUUUUUGGAUUAUUCGUCAUCUAGAAAUACUGAUGCAAAUCGCUUCAUGGCAGCUGAGAUGUUUACAUAUAUAAUCAAUAUAAAGUAUAGUAUCAGUAAUUGUAAUCAAGAAACUAGUAAAUAGGUAGAGGAGGCCUCUAGGUCCUUCAACCCUGCUCUCCCUUCGAAAAUAGUCUUGACUGAUAGUCAUAAAGUGUGGAAACAGACCCCUGGCCCAACUUGCCCAUGCCGAACAACAUGCCCCAUCUACUAGUCCCACCUGCCUGCGUUUGGCCCAUAUCCUUCUGAACCUAUCCAAUCCAAAUGUUUUUUAAACAAUGUGAUAGUUCCUGCCUCAACUACUUCCUCCGGCAGCUCGUUCCAAACACCCACCACUCUAAAAAAAAGUUGCCCUCAGGUUCCUAUUAAAUCUUUUCCCCCUCACCUUAAACCAAUGUUCUCUGGUUUUUGAUUCCCCGACUCUGGGUUAAAGACACUGCAUUUACCUUAUGUAUUUCUUUCAUUAUCUUAUAUACCUCAAGAUCACCCCUCAUCCUCCUGAGCUCCAUGGAAUAAAGUCCCAGCCUACUUUACAUCUCCCUCUAGCUCAGGCUAGAGCUCAGGCUCGUGGAUCAAUCUUCCAAAUCAAUAUAUAUUCAUAUCUUCCCAUACCCUUUGAUUCCUUUUGUCUUGAAAUUUAUCUAUCGCCUCAAAUAUACUUGCAAUCAAUACAUUGUUCUCUUGCCUUGGCAAACGGAUCACAAAUACAUGAUCUUCACUGAAAGACAACAGUAUUUGCAAGACAGGCUGUUUGCAAAACUUUUUUAUUAAGUAAGAAUUUACUUCACUAAGUUCCUAUUGAGAGGAAUUUAGCCUUUGUCUGUUGUUACCACUGGGCAAUUCACACCCACACCAAUGUCCUGUACAUGUCUCUUGGCUAAAGAUCAAUGAAUGGUGACCUUGCCCACAUCCCAUAAAGAAAGGAAGCCACUACUGGUUUUCCUUUCAAGAAUAACUUAGGACCCAGAAUUAAGGCUCUGCAUGGAACUCUGAAAGACAAACAUAAAAUGCCAGGUAGACAAAAAUGCUGGAGAAACUCAGCGGGUAGGCAGCAUCUAUGGAGCGAAGGAAAUAGGCAACGUUUUGGGUCGAGACCCUUCUUCAGACUGGUCAAAAUGCCAUGUAUAUGCAGCAGGUAAGAUCAGCAUCCUUAAAUGUUCACCAUCAAUGCUGCCUGACUCGCUGAGUGCAACAUUUUUGGUUUCAGAUUUUUCCACAUCUGCAGUGCUUCGAUUCUGUGUUGUACCUUUCCACCAGGAGGAGGAGUUUUUUACAUCAAUAUUUAAAUCCUCAUUCCAAAGAAUGAGAAAGCUAGCUGGUUGGUUCAAAAUAAAUCAUGUGAAUAGAGUAAGGGUUACUUGUGGGGCAUUUGGAGUUAAUUCCUGUAAGUUUACCAUGCUUUUCAACAUUUGUAUAUAUAUUUUUGUAAAUAAAUCUAAAACAAUUUACCUGUA